UUCAAAGCGUCAAGUCAGCCUAAUUGAUUCAUGUUGCUCAGACAAAAGCCUGAACGAAUUUAAAAGUUGUGAAAUUCAUUAUUUAAUAGCUCGUUAACGUUGGCAGUGGAUGGUUUUUUUUUAAAUAAUUGUCUAGUGCAUAAAUACUUGGAGAACAAUGAGGAAAAUAUUGCUUUUAUUUUGCAUAGCGUGGCUCUCAAAUGAAGGUUUAUCAUUAUCGCUUGAUCCAGUUGCUUCAAAUGAACUGGAACAAUACAUCAAGAACGACUUCAUCAUUUCACUGAGGCAUAUUCGACCACGUAGAAAAUUUCGCCUAUCGAUAGAGGCGCUGUUUAUGAUUGAUUUUCCUGCGGCAAAGAAUAAAUUUUCUUUUUAUUUAGAUCGUAAAGGAAAAAAAGUAACCGUUGAUGUAAACUCAAAUACGAAGCUGUAUUCAAAGUACCUUGAGAUUCCCGGAAUGAAUGAAACAACCACUAUUCGGUCAUUGGCUAUACUAUUUAGCCACAAUUCACUGGUACUCUACAUAGACUGUAAGGAAGGAGCUAAGUUAGAUUUAGACAUUGAUUUAUCAAAACUGUACCUAAGCCUUGACGAUCCGAGUGUUAAAUUAUUCAGAGAACGCAAGUAUCCACUUCAUUUGGAUUCAUCUGUUGAAAAUGCUCUUUCUAGGACAAGUUGUCAAAAUCUUCUGAAACGAAAACAUGUUAAGAAAGCUGGUUCGGCGGAAAAGCUCCUCAAGAACAAAAAAUCCGUUUAUGAACAAGUUGAGGACGGAACAUCCUACGAAAGAAACAAGAAACGAGAUGUUCGUAAUUGGUAUCGAGGGAACGACAAAUAUCGCGAGGAAAGAUUUGAACUCAGAAAUACCAAUACUAGAGGUGAUAUCCCGAUCUUACAUGGAGAUUGUGAUGAAAAUCUCGCAAGAUCACUAAAUGAGCUAAUUACGAUGGUCAGAGAAUUGCGUGAAGAUGUAAGAAGACAACGGGACGAGAUACAACAACUCAGAAGUUUGAUUGAAAAUUGUGCAGGGUGCCAAAAGGCACCAGAGCAAUUGCGAGAAAGUUGUCAGAACAAUAAUCCAUGCUUUCCAGGUGUACAUUGCUAUGAUACACAGAACGGAAUGAGAUGUGGACAUUGCCCUCGAGGUUACAUUGGUGACGGCAUAAACUGCAAACCAGGAGUUACUUGUGCUGAAAGACCAUGUUUCUCUGGUGUGCAGUGCUAUGAUACAACUGAGGGUGCCCAAUGCGGUUCUUGCCCGGAACGUUAUGAUGGAGAUGGCAGAACUUGUCAUUUAAGGAACCCAUGUGAUGAACACCUAUGUGCUGCAGGCGUUCAAUGUACGAUGACCGAACAUCCCCCGUUCUAUAAAUGCGGAGCCUGUCCGGUAGGAUUUAAAGGAAAUGGUACAGUGUGUCAGGACAUAGAUGAGUGUGAUCUCAUCGAACCAUGUGACGUGAGGGUGCGCUGUACUAAUUUAGUCCCGGGAUUCCGAUGCGAGCCUUGUCCACCAGGUUUUACAGGACUACAUAGUGGUGGAUUACACGCCGCAACGUUUGAAUACGCUUUGCAGAGGCAACGGUGUAAUGACAUCGACGAAUGCGCCGACGGUUCGGCGCGUUGUGGACCUAAUUCAAUUUGCAUUAACACUGAAGGAUCAUUUGAAUGUCAGUGCAACAGAGGUUUCGUGCGCAACUCCACGUAUGGUUGUUUUGCUGUCGAAGGAAUGUGUCUAGAUGGAACUGUUUGUGACAAAAACGCCGUAUGCCGACAUGCUGGUAGCAAUACGUACAAAUGCAAAUGUAAAGUUGGAUGGGCUGGCGAUGGUUUUCACUGUGGUCCAGAUAGAGAUCUAGAUGGAUGGGCGGACUUUGAUUUGGGAUGUGCAGAUAGCAGAUGCCGCCAGGAUAACUGCGUUUACGUUCCAAAUUCCGGACAAGAGGAUGCUGAUAAAGACGGGAUAGGGGAUGCUUGUGAUCCAGAUGCGGACAACGAUGGUGUUCUGAAUAGUCCGGAUAACUGUCCACUGGUACACAACCCUGAUCAGCUAGAUUCUGACAAGGAAGGAGGAGAUAAACAAGGAGAUGCUUGUGACAACUGUCCCACCGUAGCGAAUAUCGACCAGCACGACGUAGACGGAGAUGGAAUUGGCGAUGCUUGUGACCCUGAUAUAGAUAACGAUGGAAUUUUGAAUGAGCGAGAUAACUGUCCAAAGAAAGCCAACGCUAAUCAGCUUGAUAGUGAUAUAGAUGGAAUUGGAGAUGUAUGUGACAAUUGUCCAGCAGUUGCUAAUGUUAACCAGGUGGACUCUGAUAAUGAUUUAAUUGGAGAUGCUUGUGACAGCGAUAUCGAUAGAGACCGGGAUGGUGUUCAGGAUAGUAGGGAUAACUGCCCGAAGCUAGCUAACUCUGACCAAUUGGAUACUGAUGGAGAUGGCAGGGGUGAUUUAUGUGAUCCAGAUGCAGAUAACGAUGGAAUCCUGAAUAUCGAAGACAAUUGCCCAAUAGUAUUCAACCCAGAUCAAACAGAUGCUAACAAUGACGGAGUAGGCGAUAUUUGUGAAGAAGAUUUUGAUCUGGACAAAAUCCCCAAUUAUUUGGACAAUUGCCCAAAUAAUUCUAAAAUUUUUUCAACAGAUUUUAGAACAUACCAGACCGUUGUGUUAGAUCCUGAGGGUGAUUCGCAAAUUGAUCCAAAUUGGGUCAUUUAUAACAAAGGAGCUGAAAUUGUACAAACUCAGAACAGUGACCCAGGCCUUGCAGUGGGAUAUGAUGCAUUCGGCGGAGUUGAUUUUGAAGGAACAUUCUUUAUCGAUACGGAAAUUGAUGAUGAUUAUGUUGGAUUCAUAUUUAGCUACCAAGAUAAUCACAAAUUCUAUGCGGUUAUGUGGAAAAAGAAUAUACAGACCUAUUGGCAAGCAACGCCGUUCCGGGCUUCAGCUGAACCCGGCAUACAACUGAAGCUGAUAGACAGCAAUACUGGUCCUGGUCAGAUGCUUCGCAAUAGUUUGUGGCAUACAGGAGAUACUAAAGAUCAAGUGAAACUGCUUUGGAAAGACCCUAGAAAUGUUGGCUGGAAAGAACGCACUGCUUACCGUUGGUUACUUUUGCAUCGUCCUAAAAUAGGUUUGAUUCGCCUGAGAGUGUUUGAUGGUGAAAAAAUGGUUGCUGAUUCUGGAAACAUUUAUGAUUCAACUCUGAAGGGGGGACGUCUAGGUGUAUUUUGUUUCUCUCAAGAAAUGAUCAUUUGGUCCGAUCUGGUUUACAGAUGUAAUGAUAAUGUUCCUGAGGCAAUUUACAAAGAGUUGCCACCACGUCUUCAAAAAGAAGUCCAAAUUGAUUAUAAAACGUGACAUCAUGAAUGAAUAAAAAAUCGUCAUAGAUACAAUUUGAACUACCACUAAACAUAUUAAA